AUGGACCUGAUUCCAAAUUUGGUUACUAAUUUGCUUGUUCUUUCGUUUUCAAUAGCAGUUGAUUCACCGAUGGAAGCCAAUAGGAUUACCAUUCUUGCAAUAAGCAUCUUAGAUAAAUUCCAAAUGGCUUCGUCCACUCUCAUCUGUGACACUCAGCCAUGGAAGGAGUUAGAGGCCCAUGCUGAGGAUGUAAAAAAGACUCACUUGCGCGAUUUAUUGAGCGAUGACGAGAGAUCACGGUCAAUGGUGGUUGAAUUUGAUGGAAUUCAAUUGGACUACUCAAGGCAGCAAGCCACUCUUGAAACAAGGGAAAAACUCUUCAAAUUGGCAGAGGUUGCUUCCCUCAAGGAAAAGAUAAACCGGAUGUACAAUGGGGAGCAUAUAAACAGCACUGAGAAUAGAUCAGUACUUCAUGUAGCUCUUCGCGCUCCAAGAGAUGCUGUUAUACAAAAUGAUGGAAAUAAUGUUGUUCCAGAUGUUUGGAACGUUCUGGACAAGAUAAAGGAGUUCUCUGAGCGGGUCCGCAGUGGAUCUUGGGUUGGAGCUACAGGAAAGGAAUUGAAGGAUGUCGUUGCUGUUGGUAUUGGUGGCAGUUUCUUAGGUCCAUUAUUUGUGCACACAGCUCUUCAAACAGAUCCUGAAGCAAUUGAAUCUGCAAGAGGGCGUCAACUACGCUUUCUUGCAAAUGUUGAUCCAAUUGAUGUUGCUAGAAACAUCACAGGAUUAAAUCCUGAAACUACCCUAGUGGUGAUUGUUUCAAAGACUUUUACGACUGCUGAAACAAUGUUGAAUGCCCGAACACUCAGGGAAUGGAUCUCUUCUGCCCUAGGGUCCUCAGCAGUUGCAAAACAUAUGGUGGCAGUCAGUACCAAUCUCACACUUGUGGAAAAGUUUGGCAUUGAUCCUAAUAAUGCUUUUGCAUUUUGGGACUGGGUUGGUGGCCGAUAUAGUGUCUGCAGUGCUGUUGGAGUAUUGCCUUUAUCCCUACAAUAUGGUUUCUCAGUAAUUGAGAAGUUUUUAAAGGGGGCUUCCAGCAUUGAUCAACAUAUGUAUUCAGAACAAUUUGAAAGAAAUCUACCUGUGCUUUUGGGACUAUUGAGUGUAUGGAAUGUCUCAUUUCUUGGAUAUCCUGCCCGAGCUAUCUUACCGUAUUCUCAAGCACUGGAGAAGUUUGCCCCACACAUUCAACAGGUUAGCAUGGAGAGUAACGGCAAGGGUGUUUCAAUUGAUGGUGUCCCACUACCAUUUGAGGCUGGUGAAAUUGAUUUUGGUGAACCAGGAACAAAUGGGCAGCAUAGUUUUUAUCAACUUAUACAUCAGGGACGUGUUAUUCCUUGUGACUUUAUUGGGGUUGUGAAAAGUCAGCAACCUGUUUACUUGAGCGGAGAGGUGGUGAGCAACCAUGAUGAGCUAAUGUCAAACUUUUUUGCACAACCAGAUGCACUUGCCUAUGGGAAGACAUCCGAGCAGUUGCAGAAGGAGAAUGUUCCUCCACAUCUUGUGCCACACAAGACAUUCUCUGGGAAUCGACCUUCUCUCAGCCUUCUGCUUCCAUCAUUGAAUGCUUAUAACAUUGGACAGUUGUUGGCAAUCUAUGAACAUAGAAUUGCUGUAGAAGGUUUUAUUUGGGGCAUUAAUUCUUUUGACCAGUGGGGAGUGGAGCUUGGGAAGUCAUUAGCCACUCAAGUGAGAAAGCAACUUAAUGCAUCUCGCACAAAAGGAGAACCAGUUCAAGGUUUUAAUUUCAGUACUACUGCUAUGUUGACAAGAUACCUUCAGGCAAGUGCAGAUGUACCAGCUGAUCUUCCAACACGUUUACCUCAGAUAUAA